AUGGAUUUUUAUGAAAUACCUGGAGAUGACUCCUUUUCUCUUAUAAAAGAAAAAGGCUUUGAACUCAUAAAGCCAUGUGGCGAUGGAAAUGAGGGGCUCAGUCUGGCUAUUGUGUACAGUCUUAUGGAAAUGUUAGUUCAAAGCCAAGGCAGCUAUGCAAGUGGGCUGCAAUUUGUAGAAUCGGCGUAAGUGUAAUUUAGGGUUUCUAAGUAUAAUGAACGCAAGAGCGGCGAGUCGUUGGUAGCUGGCUUUUUAUCAAAAAUCAAGCAAGGGUCUGCAUCACUUAAGGGCUUAUGGAAAAAGAAGCCAGACUCAGAUUUCUACAUAGAGCUUCGAGGCUUCUCUAAUUUUUUACUAAAUCCAAACACCCCUAAUGCAAGAUUAGAAGGAUCCUUAAACUCUCUUUCAAAAACUCUUAAUCUAGACAUCAGAAUCUACCAAAUUGAUGAUACUACUGAGAGAUACUGCGAAAAUUCUUAUUGCUAUCCCAGAAUAAUCAAUCUUUUAAAAGAAGAAAUAGAAGACGGCGAGCAUUUUUCAAUUUUGUAUCAUAAAUCCUUUGAAGAAGCAUUUCAACUGUCUGAGCCGUUCGUUAGUUGCGACAAAAGCUUAAAAGAGACAGAAAGCGAUUAUAUAGUGCAUCUAAAAAACAUCGCAGGAGAUCUGAUACAAAGUUUGAGCCCUGCCCAGCUAAAAGUUUUGCGCAAUGUGGUGGGGCCAGAUGCACAGAGACUGCUGAACUCAGAAUUCAGCUGGGGCUUUGAAGGGAAGCUUAAUGAAAUUCAACAGAAAAAAUAA